AUGACGGAGACCGGCAUUUUGACAGACGAACAAAUAGACCAUCUUCUGUCACAGGCCGAGGUUCGUCUACGGGGAAAGUCACACUCUGCAAAUGAAAACGAGAUCAGUUUGGAGAUUGUCAAGCCAACAACGAGAUCCCGGAAAAUAAUUCCCAAACUACACAACAACCUCGUUCGAACGAAGUAUAUCAAUGACAAGCAGGGUGUCGCCGAGAUCAAUGCCAAAGCGGUCCUUGAGCACCAGCAAAGCCUGCUGGCGGAUGGACUCAAGGCCGUCGAAGCGCCUCACAAAUCCAAGAAAGUGCAGUCCAUUCUGGCCUGCCCUGCACCCAUGAAAGUUUUCAAAUUCAUAGUUACUCUGACUGUACCUUUGGGCUCUUCAUUUAUUGCUGCUCUCGUUGUUGUCUGCACAUCGGCUAACGAGGAACAGAAUGACCAGACCAGCGCAGGUCCUGACUGGUUCGACAUGCCCAAGACAGACUUGACUCCUCAACUGAAGCGCGACCUCCAACUCAUCGAAAUGCGAUCAGUGCUCGAUCCGCACCGGCACUACAAGAAAAAUACCAGAAGAGGCAAAGUGCCCACGUUCUCGCAGACGGGGACUGUCAUUGAAGGACCUACCGAGUUUUUCAGCGCAAGAAUCAACAAAAAGGAUCGAUCCAAGAACUUUGUCGAGGAAGCAAUGGCUACCGAGAGGGAGACUGGACGGUUUAAGCGAAAAUACAGCGAAAUUCAAGACACCAAAACAAGCGGCAAGAAGGCACACUACAAAAAGCUCAUGGCAAAGCGGAGGAAAAGACCUUGA